AUAUGUAAAGAAAUUAUGCAUAGAAAAACUCAACCAUGUGUAAAAUAUAAAAGUAAAAUAGGAUAACCUAUUGAUAAGUAUGAACUAGUGUGUGAAACAAUUUAAAAAUGUAAAAAUAUCGCGGCUGAAUAAAAAAAUGGAAAUACGAAAAAAUCAAGAGUGAAAAAUAAUCAAUUAAAAUUGUCUCUUUAAAUCAUCCAAAAUAAAAAUUAUAUAUUAAAUAGUUUAAAUGUGCAUUUUGUUAAAAUAAAAAUAGCGUGCUGAUAAUUUUCAAAAAUUGGAUAAGAGAGGAAAUGAAAAGAGAUUUUCCUAAAAAUUUCGAUGAAGUUUCGGCGUGGGCUCCAAAAUUUGAUAUUAAAAGGAUGGUAUGCUCGUCAUUCUCUGCCAUCAUCAUCAGCCCAUGUAAUAGGCUGAUCACACAGAGAAAAUCCUAAUGCCAUUACCAACCAACAAAUCUUGCACAUUUUCCAAUUUCUUAUCACUAUAAUAAUAAUAUUCUCCUUUCUUUUCUUUCCAUAAGAUGAUGCUAAAGAUAAAGAUUGUGCAAACCAUAGUGGCAGGGUUAACGUUUUUGUUGGGCUUAUUGACCAACCUAUUGUUGAAAAUGCAUAGGCAGCAGAACCAUAAGGCUCAUUCUUCUCAGAAACUCCAGAAGAUGAUGAUGAUAUCUGAAUUAGAUUCUUCUUCUUCCUCCGAGGUUGAUGAUGAGAGGUAUGGUCUGAGCUGGAGGUUGGCGGUGGAGACCAAUAAUAAUGUGCGACCGUGGAAGACGGUGCCACCUUGUUGCUAUAAACAUGUUGAAAAUUACAUCCUUGGCGGACAAUACGAACUUGACAUGAACACCAUCGUAGAUGAAAUUAUUUUCUAUGCAAAAUCUCAAAUACCCGUUCCUGGUCAUAAAGAUGCGUGGAUUUUAGAUGUGGAUGAUACAUGUAUCUCUAAUAUUCCUUAUUACAAAGAUAAGCGAUUCGGAUGCGAGCCGUUCGAUUCGACUAUGUUUAAGGCAUGGAUCAACAAGGGAAUGUGUCCUGCGAAUCCUGUGGUACUGAGAUUGUUUAAAACGUUGAUACAAAAAGGUUUUAAGGUGUUCUUACUAACGGGUAGAUAUGAAGGAACCCUCGCUAAAAUCACUAUGGACAACCUACAUAUUCAAGGAUUCAUCGGAUACCAACGCCUUAUUUUGAGGAGUGAUGAAUACAAAGGACAGAGUGCAGUGAAAUACAAGUCAUCCAUUAGGAAGGAAAUAGAAAAGGAAGGUUAUAGAAUAUGGGGAAAUGUUGGAGACCAGUGGACUGACUUACAAGGAGACUCUUUGGGGAAUCGUACUUUCAAACUCCCCAAUCCUAUGUAUUGCAUUUCAUGACACAUCACUGCUACUACUUGUGUUGUACCAGUACUCAACAAACCAAAUGGUUUGUUUUCCACAAAUUAUCAAUCUUCCUGUUCGAUAAAUUGAGUAAUCAGAGUCUAAAUAAAUGCGGAAAUAAAUGCAGAUGUAAGGAUGUAUGUAUUUAAAAACAUGAUUUUAUUGAAAAACACUUACAAAAGA